AUGACUAUCUUCGAUCUUCUGUUCAAUUCUGAGACUAGUAACGUUAAAUCAGUCCAUAGGGCUCCUCAUACACUUAUCUUUCUUGCAUUUGUCUGUACAAAAUGCGGCGAAAAGACGAAAGAGAUAGGAAUAUGCCCCGAGGAUAGGGUAGAAAUACCUAAUUCUAAGGGUGACACCAACAUGCACUACAAGUGCAAAGGAUGUAGUUCCAGAUGUAAUGUAGAUAUCAUUUCCGAAGCCACCUUUGCCCCAGAAGACGCAGGUCCAACUGGAGCACGCGUUGCCACGGUCGAGUGUCGAGGAUCGCUGCAGCCACUAAAAUGGUACUAUGAUCAGUUGAUCGUCACGUCUGCCAGUGGCACAGAGCUAAAGGCUUCUGGCAGUGACCCAGACUGGUGUGAUUAUGAUGAACUACUAGAGGAGCAGGUGGAGCUGACCGAGAUGAGGUUUACUGUGCAGUAA